GUAGGAGGAGGAGCGAACUGGGCUGGGGGGCGGCUGCACAGUCUCCUGGAUCCCCAGGCCUGGAGGGGGGUCUGCGCGCAGCCGGCUGGCUCUGCCCCUGCCCCGUCCGGUCGCGAGCGGGCCUCCCUCGGGCCAUCCCGAUGGUGACCGGGUCCAGCGGAGCCUGAGCAAGGAGCGGGUCCGUCGCGGAACCGGAGGGCGGGAGGAACAUGACAUCGCGGAGAUGGUUUCAUCCAAAUAUCACUGGUGUGGAGGCCGAAAACCUACUGUUGACAAGAGGGGUUGAUGGCAGCUUUUUGGCAAGGCCCAGUAAAAGUAACCCUGGAGACUUCACACUUUCCGUUAGAAGGAAUGGAGCUGUCACCCACAUCAAGAUUCAGAACACUGGCGAUUACUACGACCUGUAUGGCGGGGAGAAGUUUGCCACUUUGGCUGAGCUGGUUCAGUAUUACAUGGAACAUCACGGGCAAUUAAAAGAGAAGAAUGGAGAUGUUAUUGAGCUCAAGUAUCCUCUGAACUGUGCAGAUCCUACCUCUGAAAGGUGGUUUCAUGGACACCUGUCUGGGAAAGAAGCAGAGAAGUUAUUAACUGAGAAAGGAAAACAUGGUAGCUUUCUGGUACGAGAGAGCCAGAGCCACCCUGGAGAUUUUGUUCUCUCCGUCCGAACUGGUGAUGACAAGGGGGAGAGCAAUGAUGGCAAGUCCAAAGUGACCCACGUCAUGAUCCGCUGUCAGGAACUGAAAUAUGACGUUGGUGGAGGAGAGCGGUUCGACUCUUUGACAGACCUCGUGGAGCACUAUAAGAAGAAUCCCAUGGUAGAGACGCUGGGCACGGUUCUACAGCUUAAGCAGCCCCUCAACACAACUCGUAUCAAUGCUGCUGAAAUAGAGAGCCGGGUUCGAGAACUAAGCAAAUUAGCUGAGACCACAGAUAAAGUCAAGCAAGGCUUUUGGGAAGAAUUUGAGACACUACAACAACAGGAGUGCAAACUUCUCUACAGCCGAAAAGAGGGCCAGAGGCAAGAAAAUAAAAACAAAAAUAGAUAUAAAAACAUCUUGCCCUUCGAUCAUACCAGGGUUGUCCUGCAUGACGGUGACCCCAACGAGCCUGUUUCCGAUUACAUCAAUGCAAAUAUUAUCAUGCCCGAAUUUGAAACCAAGUGCAACAAUUCAAAGCCCAAAAAGAGUUAUAUUGCCACACAAGGCUGUCUGCAGAAUACGGUGAACGACUUUUGGCGGAUGGUGUUUCAAGAGAAUUCCCGAGUGAUUGUCAUGACAACAAAAGAAGUGGAGAGAGGAAAGAGUAAAUGUGUCAAAUACUGGCCUGAUGAGUAUGCUCUGAAAGAAUACGGGGUCAUGCGUGUUAGGAAUGUCAAAGAAAGCGCCGCCCAUGACUAUACGCUAAGAGAACUUAAACUUUCCAAGGUUGGACAAGCUCUACUCCAGGGCAAUACAGAGAGAACCGUCUGGCAAUACCACUUUCGGACCUGGCCGGACCACGGCGUGCCCAGUGACCCCGGGGGCGUGCUGGACUUCCUGGAGGAGGUGCACCACAAGCAGGAGAGCAUCGUGGAUGCGGGCCCGGUGGUGGUUCACUGCAGUGCUGGGAUUGGCCGGACAGGGACGUUCAUCGUGAUUGAUAUCCUCAUUGACAUCAUCAGAGAGAAAGGCGUCGACUGUGACAUCGAUGUUCCCAAAACAAUUCAGAUGGUGCGAUCUCAGAGGUCAGGGAUGGUCCAGACCGAAGCACAGUACCGAUUCAUCUAUAUGGCCGUCCAGCAUUAUAUCGAAACACUACAGCGCAGGAUUGAAGAAGAGCAGAAAAGCAAGAGGAAAGGUCACGAGUAUACAAAUAUUAAGUAUUCCCUAACGGACCAGACAAGUGGGGAUCAGAGCCCCCUCCCACCUUGUACGCCAACGCCGUCCUGUGCGGAAAUGAGAGAAGAUAAUGCUAGAGUCUAUGAAAACGUGGGUCUGAUGCAGCAGCAGAAGAGCUUCAGAUGAGAAGACCCACCAAGACUUCAGCACAAAAUGUGGACCUCGCCCUCUCCAUGAAAAGAUCAAGAAUAGGUGCAAGACAGUUGAUGUGAAGAAUGAACUUGAAACUUGAAGGCUUGCGUUGUGGUCGACUCCCUUUUGAUGAACAGAAUGUGAAACCAUUUAGAGACCAUUGUAUUCUAACUCAGCAACACCUGAUUUCCAGUUACUAAUUUCCUCAGAUAAGAAAUCAUCUCUACAAUGUAGACAGCGUCAUAUUUUAUAGAGUUUUGUUUUACAUUGAGGAGGUAGUUAACUUGUGCUCUGUACUCUGCAGAUGGUGAUGAUUCGAAUCCUAGUUAUUGGCAAUUUUUUCCUUUUUAUAACCUUAAACAUUUUAAUUCUUCCCCCUCUUGUGGGGAAUGAUAGGGCAAUUGUUAGAGGAAAAAUGGGGAAAUUAAGCAACAGCAUCCUGUAGGAGUGAGAAUGAUUCCAUUUAUCAUCACUAAUCCAGUAGUGGAGAACCCAUUUUUGAUGGCCUCUUUUUUCGGCUAAAUGAUAAUUAAACCAGUGCCCCAGGCUGUCAGAAGUUGACUGUCUUCCUUUGCAUUGCCAUUAAACUAUCACGGGAAUUUAGAAUAAAAGGCAUGUUUGUUUCUUUGCAGAUGACCGAUGAUCAUUAGCCUGUUGAUUGAGAAGGUUGUGGUGGGGAAAUGUUUGCCAUAUAUAUUUUUUUCAUUUGUGUAUUGUGUUUAGGAAAAAAUGCAUCUGUGAAUAACCAGUAUUUUGGUUAUCAACUGUCACUGACAAACCACCCCCAAACAUAGUGGCUUUCAGUAAUUCUUUAUUUUUUCCUCACUGUUCUUCAAUCUGGGCUGGGCUCAGCCGAGCUGUCCCUCUGCCCGUCUUGCUGAUGUCCCUUGCCGGUCACCAGGUUGAUGGGGACAGCAGGGUGGCUGGGCCCCUCUCUCUGCACACGGUCCUCGGCCGCUCCCUCUCCAUGUGCUCUCGCCACGUGGCCUCACCAGCGGGGCAGCUGCACCUCUUACCUGGCAGCUCCGAGCUCCCAAAGGUAUAAGGCAGUAGCGGCCAGGCCCCCUUACGGCUUAACCCCAGAACCGUCACAGCAUCACUUCUGCCCUCUGUUGAUUAGAGCAAGUCACAGGCCCAACCCGGAAUCAGGGAGAAGGGACUUCACUGGGGCGAGAGGUGGAGGUGUGGUUCACUGGGGGUCCCCAGCAUAACAGACUGUCAGAGCUGGUGCCAAGGGAAAAAAAACCUGUCAUUAGCAGAAGUAGAAGCUGCUAGCGAGUGACCUGGGGAAGCUGGAGCUGCCUGUGGGAGCUGGUGGAAGCGGGACGUGAGACAGAGAGGAGGCCUCCCAGACGCCUCCCGCACCAGUUCUGCGGGCCUCGGGCAUCUUUCCUGAACCGUCACCUGAGAAAACUGGUCUCCUAAGAAUGGCUGUGUCUAGGAGGCAGCAUCUGAAAGCACCACCCUGUCAGCGUGGCCCCCGCAGAGGGAGCUGGACGUGGCAUCUUCUUCACGCCACUGGUCUCCAGCGGAGGCCUCCACGCACGCGUGUGGCGGGCGCACGAGGAGGAGCGGUGCUCGCGGGGCUGCUCGUCAGACCGCCUCGGCCAUAGCUCAUUUUUGUUUUCACCAAGUGGUAAGAUUGGCUAACGUGCUACCUGAAGUGCCUUCUCCAAAAACAUCCCCCUUUGCCCUGUGUGUCGCAUCAUCAUUGGGUGAGUGUGUUUCAAUUAAAGUCUCGCUGGCCGACUUCGUGAAGACAAUAAAAUGCUACAGCGUGGCCUCCGUCCUGGAAUUCUUGCUCUUGCUCCUGAAAGCAAGGACUAGGGCCAGCCCUGGUGAUAGUUCCCCACUGAGGUCGUUUGGGGCAAGCAGUGGCUGCCAUUUCCACAGACACAGUGUAUAGUGUUCCCCCCACAUAAUCCUCCUCCCCAAGCCAUUGAACUUAGAAUAGCUUCAGAACACAGGUGUGGCCUGAAGGUGAUUACCUUAUAAGAGGAAUGUAAGCGACUACUGUCUUCUUGCCAACCCUGUAAAGAAAGCGAUUCAAGUUCAGUGUUUGCAACAAGGUUCUUGAACCCUGUUCUUUUUAUUGCAUUGUCAUAUUGAAUAGUCCUCUGUUUAGCCUUGAUUUCAUGGGCAUGUUUUGACUCUAGACUUUGGGGGCAAAGUCUUCACCAGCAUACAAUGGUUUGAUUGUAUAAAUAUACCUGCUCCGUUAAGUCUCUGUCUGUAGCUUCGGAUCGGUUGUUUCUGCACUUGGAACGGAAACAGCUGAUCUUGGCCAACCCUCUGUGUUACAGGACAUUGAUUUCAUUGAGAUUUCCCUCCACGAAGUCAGCCAGCUAUCAUAUUAGAUCAGUUUAUGCCAAGACAAGAUUAUGAUAGUCCCUAGGUUGCUGAGGUUUGUUGUGUGUCUGAUAAAAGGAGAUGGCAGGUUCUUAGAAGAGAUUUCUCUCUGUGGGAUGGAAUCGGGCAGGUGAAGAUGGGGAACUCGAGGUGUGGGUUUAAAAAAGUGGAAAUGAAAGUUCCAAAGGGAUGGUUUGUGAGGAAGUCCAAGGGCCCGGGGCCGGAGCAGGCAGGCAGAGUUGAAUCAGGUAACCCGGAAAGUGGGUGUGAUAGAGCAGUGUCCGUGGUUGGCUUCUGGGGUGCUGGCAGACAGAAAAUUUGCACAAUAUCCCAUAGCUGGUUGAAUAUUUUAAAAUUACAAGCAUAGGAUUUUAUAUUUGGGGUGAAAUUAUCUGGCACAUGGUAUUUGGGUUUUUUAAAAAAGCCAAAUUUCAGUCUUAAUAACUUUUAUAAAAAACAAAAAUAAAAAGACACCUCAUGUCCAGUGUGUGGUCCUCCUGAAAAUUAUGGUUAUUCAGUCCAUUGAAUUCAAUAACUUUUCAAAUGUGGUUCAAUGGAGUUGAGAAAGUAUAUGUAAGACUUUCUUGGUGUUUUGCCUUCCUUAAGGAGCCCAGUUGCUUUGGAAAAAUCAAGAAAAGCCUCGAGAUUAUUUUUAGGGGGUUAUUUUACUGGGGAUUUUAAGAAUAAGAUAAAGUCUUGGGUUAUUUCUAGUUCAGGGGAAUGUGGAAAGGUAUGCAAUUGUGAAGUGCUUUGUUGUAGCUUAUUAAUCCGUAAGGGAAACUUAGACUGUAGACUUAAGUACAAACCCAGUGCAACUAGUUUUCUAUAUGUUGUUGGGGGAAUGAAGUUUUAUAUAGCAAGCACAUGGCCUCCCUGAUUUCACAAUGCCUUUUUUAGGAUCUCUAUUAGCCCUUAAUUUUGUUGAAAUUUUUUCCUUCUUCCUCUUGGAAAAUAAGUUCCAAAAUAUAGUUUAUUGUAUCUUCCAUCAUUAAAACAUUUGCUUUUUUUUUUACUACGGGCAGUUCACUCAAGGCAAAAAUCUUAAACAGUUGGUUUUAGUGUGGUGUAGAACUUUACUGUGUAUCAAACUAACUUUUACAAGUUUUCAUUCUAAACCUCAAAACAUGUGAUUAAUAAUUUGCCUGUUUUAUUUAUGACCUAAUUGUGAUUCUUUUAUUAAUAAAAGCUAGUGGGAAAGGAUCCUUUAUUAAGCUGUUGACUAGAUCUGCAUUUAAUUUUCCUGCAGUAUAUGAAGUAUUGUACCAGAGUAUUAAAAGAUAUGUAAUAUUUUAUUGAUAAAUCUAUCCUUUAAAAGGAAUACGUGUUAGGGUGUCAUCAUUUUGAUGUGAAUCAUGUAAAUGUUGAUAAUAUGCACUGUUUAUUAUACAUUUAGUGUUUCAAGAGAUUCACUUAAUUGCCUUUUUGCUCACGUACAUUAUGUAGUCUAUUUGCAAUUGUUUUUUAAAAAGUGACAUUAAAAGAAUAGUUUAUGUAGAGAAGCAUUAGUGGAUGUUAAUUGUCUCCCCACCUAUAUUUAUGGGUGUUAGUUCAACUGCUUUGCUAGUUGCAAAGCCAUAUUAUCAGAGUAAAAGUGUAUUUGUUAACUGUAUGGGAACUAAAAAUUAGGAAUAAAACCAUU